GCAGCGCGUGGAGAGAGGAAGCGGUGGGGCUUCCAUGAAAAGUUUUGGUUGCGGAUGGAUGAUUCUUUCCUCGUCUACUACUCCACCGUCCGUGCCUUGCUUCCUUACAUCACCACAUUUCCAAAAGUCUCCGUCGGAUAGACCGCACAGAAGCCGAUACACGAAGAAACGAACACACAAAUUUAUACAUAUAUCUAAAAGCACAAAUACGGCUAUUAAAUCAUUAUUAUAAUUCCCUCUCUCUCUCUCUCUCUCUCUUUCUCUCUCCUUAAAUUGCCGGAGAAGGUUCUGUUCCUGUUCUUCUUGCCACAUCUCUACCGCAGAGAGACUCUCUCUGUCUCUGUCUCUGUCUCUCUCUCUCUCUCUUGAGUCGCGCUUUCUCGAGGCUUCUAGCGGUGCUUUCUCGGCAACGAGAUGAAGCGGUUUGAAGCUUAGAGUGCGUUAUAUCGUAGGAAUCAUAGCCAAUUGCGCCUGAGAGUUUUUGUAAUUCGGAAAAUUAGGGUUUUUCGAGGACUGUUGGGGAUGGGUAAUAAGCUUGGGAGGAGAAGACAAGUGGUAGAUGAGAAGUACACCAGACCGCAAGGACUGUACAAUCAUAAGGAUGUAGAUCAUAAGAAGCUUCGGAAGCUAAUACUAGAAUCUAAGCUUGCUCCAUGCUUUCCUGGAGACGAAGAAUGCAGUUGCGAUCAUGAAGAGUGUCCUAUUUGCUUUCUGUAUUAUCCGAGUCUUAACCGGUCACGAUGUUGCUUGAAAAGCAUCUGCACAGAGUGUUUUCUACAGAUGAAAGUUCCCAAUUCAACUCGUCCUACACAGUGUCCUUUCUGCAAAACUGCAAAUUAUGCUGUGGAGUAUCGAGGUGUGAAAACGAAGGAAGAAAAGGGCUUGGAGCAGAUUGAAGAGCAACGCGUUAUAGAAGCAAAAAUUAGGAUCCAGCAGCAGGAACUUCAGGAUGAAGAAGAGAGAAUGCUGAAAAGGCAAGAAGUUAGCUGUUCAAGUGCAAAUAUGGCACCUGUGGAGGUUGAAUAUUGCUCAGUAGCAGUUCCAUCUUCUAGGUCUCCUGUUGAAAGUGAGGAAAUUGUUGCUUCUUUGGACUCAUCUCCUUCCCCAAUGAUUAGAGCACCUCCACUCCCGCCCCCACCGCCACUUCCUAGGACAAACCGGGACGAUGAUUUUGACGUGGAUCUUGAGGACAUAAUGGUCAUGGAAGCAAUUUGGCUUUCCAUUCAGGAAUAUGCUCGCCCAAAGUUUCUGCAUGUGAGACACAAACAUGCUUUGUGUUUCUAUGAGGAGAACAGCAGACAAAGAAAUCCGGUGUAUAGUGAUGUUCUUUCUGAGCAAUAUGCCCUUGAUCACAAUGCCUCACCUGCCAUGGGUCCACCAGCUGGAUCAUCCUCUUCCCCAUCUGGUGGUCUUGCUUGUGCCAUAGCGGCCCUUGCAGAGCGUCAGCAAAUCCCCGACAGAAAUAUUUCAGCUCCUCAAGCUGGCAGGUUUUACAACAGGGUGGAUGGAGAUAUCGAAAAUUACCCACCUGCAGAUAGAGCCACUGAGUCAUCAACUGAUGGUAGGAUGACAAUGGCAAAGGAUGACAGAGAAUGUUACGGGGACCGUGGAUCAGAUGUGGCUGAAGCCGGCACCAGCUACGCGAGCUCUGAUGGCACAGAAGACGCUGCUGCAUUGCCACUGCCGGAUGAAAUCGAUGACAGCCUUCAAAAUGUCCCAGAGCCCAUUAUUCCCGAGAGUUUCGAGGAACAGAUGAUGCUGGCUAUGGCGGUUUCUUUAGCCGAAGCUCGAGCUAUUGCUAGCGGACCUGGCGUUUCCUGGCAGUAGUAAUAGGUGUAGCUACUAGUGAUAGUGUUUCUGUUACAGAUAGCGCUGGCCAUGGCUGUUUAGCUAGCUGAGUCUUGAUCGAGUGCCCAUGCCCAAGGAGCUGCAUGAAACUUGCUCGGGGUUCAAGGUAGUGAUGAUUCUCUUCCCCCCUUUACUCUUUUAUCUUUCUAUAUGCAGAUGUGAAUGGAAAAUGGAUUCUUCUAGGGAAUGCAUGUUGGCUUAUGCUAUUAAAGUGAUUCAUAUACCCCUCCUUUUUGGGUCUUGUAUUUUUCCUGUUAGCCGACAUUGACAAUCGGAGAAACUGGAGAAUUAGGACCCUGGUGGGAAUUGAUUUGCAUGUUAAAAAGAUUCUAAAGAGGAUCAACGCUAUAAAGAUAUACAGCCACCUUAUUCA